AUGAAUGAGGUCAAAUUGGCGAUAUGGAUGGGAUUGAGUGGAUGGAUGAUUGGUGAAGCGAGUGCCACUCCGUCCGUCUAUCAAUGUCCCUUUGUUGCCGAUCCAAGAAUGUUGCUCAUGCCAGGAGAAUAUUGUGGUCGCGGCUCAUUUCUACACUAUUGGAGUUGCUGUGAGGACAAUCUCUUUCAGUGUUGUUUCCAUUUUGAAACCUGGACAAUAGUAAUAUUUGCAUUGAUUUGUAUCGGCGCUCUUGCCGGGAUGAUCUUUUGGGUGAUGCGAGCUUUGCUACAAAGUGGAUCGAAU